CCCCCCCCCGUGCAGGAGGAGGAGGCGCUGCUGUCGGAGAUGGACGUGACGGGGCAGGCGUUCGAGGACAUGCAGGAGCAGAACCUGCGGCUGCUGCAGCAGCUGCGCGAGAAGGACGACGCCAACUUCAAGCUGAUGUCGGAGCGCAUCAAGGCCAACCAGAUCCACAAACUGCUCCGCGAGGAGAAGGACGAGCUGGCCGAGCAGGUGCUCGCACUCAAGGCACAGGUGGAGGCGCAGCUGCAGGUGGUGCAGAAGCUGGAGGAGAAGGAGAGGGGCCUGCAGAGCGCGCUGGGGGCGGUGGAGAAGGAGCUGGCCCUGAGGAGCCAGGCCCUGGAGCUGCACAAGAGGAAGGCAGUCGAGGCGGCCCAGCUGGCCGAGGAUCUCCGUGCCCAGGGCGAGCACGUGCAGGGCCGGCUGCGGGAGCUGCAGGUGUGCGCAGCUGAGAACAGAGCAGCCAAGGACAAGGAGCAGCUCAGCCUCAAGAGGGCUCAGGAGGAGCUGUCGAGGCUGCGCCGGAAGCUGGAGAAGCAGCGCAAGGUUGAAGUUUACGCCGACGCCGAUCAGAUCCUGCAGGAGGAGAUCAAGGAGUACCGG